GCAGGGCUGGAGCAACGAAUGAUCUCAGGAUGACUUUGUUUGAAAGCUGUUUGGCAUCGGAAGGCUUUGCCCUGUUCGGGUACCUGGCAGCGUGCUAUGUCAUUCUCACGCAAGGUUGGAAGAUCCUGAACGGAUUCCUUGCACACAUUGUCUCAAAGUGGUGGCCAACCGACCUGAGGAAGUAUGGAGGAUGGGCAGUGAUAACUGGUGCAACAGAUGGUAUCGGAAAGGCCUACGCUCAGGAGUUGGCCAGGAAGGGAUUUGAUGUUGUCCUCAUCAGUCGGACAUUGGAGAAGCUGAAGAAGGUAGCUGAAGGGAUAGAGCAAGAGAGUGGACGCAGAACAAAGAUCAUCCAAGCGGACUUCACAAGAGGUCCCGAGCUCUACCAAUCAAUCGAGGAUGGUCUGAAAGACUUAGACAUCGGAAUACUAGUGAAUAAUGUUGGGAUGGUUUAUUCAGAAGGAGCUGCCAGAUUCCUUGAUGUGCCCGAUGUGAACAAGGCAAUAACAGACACCAUUAACUGCAAUGCACUCUCGGUGAUUCAGAUGACUCGUAUAGUCCUUCCCCGCAUGGUGAAGAGGAAGAUAGGUCUCAUUAUUAAUCUCUCGUCUGAAGCCGGCACACGUCCAUAUCCUAUGAUCACUGUGUACAGUGCUACUAAGGUCUUCAUGGAUUACUUCUCCAGAGGUCUCAACGUGGAAUACAAACCCUUUGGGAUUACCGUUCAGUGUGUCAUGCCUCUCCUGGUUUCCACUAACAUGACACAUAAUUUAAAGACUAAUCGCUUUGUGAAGACACCAGAGAUUUUUGCCCAAGAAGCGCUUAAUACGGUGGGAUAUGUGAAUCAGACCAGUGGGUGCAUUUCCCAUUCCAUCCAGAGUUAUUUACUGCAUCACCUUAUUCCUGAUUGUGUCAUUUUGUCCUCGCUCUGCAAUAAAUUCUUUGAUGCAGUCAACAAAGCAGCAGGGAAUAAAUUUAAGGAAAAAUAGGAGUAAGAAAUCCCAUCAAACCGGAUGUGUUCUGCAUUGAUCAUAAUUAACGAAGGACUCAAAAAUAAAAAAAAAAUCAGCAAAAAUUGGACCUUAAUGAUUUUAGAUUAUAAUUGAUUAAAUUAAAUACUUUGGUCUACAGUUACUGAAUGGUGAGCACUUCGACCAGAACGUUUAUUAUGUGUAACAUUGUAUUGACUUAAAAGGAGAAACCACAGACAUUGAAUUCCACUCUCCUGAUGAGAUCACAUCAUUCUAAAGAAGUGAACAGCAUCUUACCUACUAGUAAGGCUACUUAAGGUUUGUGUAGACAAACUAUUUUCAUAACGCCUUACAUUAUGCAUCUGGUAUAAAUCUGGAGGACUUAAAGGCUGCAAACUCUUCAUUGAGGACAGUAAGAUGAAUAUUGGGACUUUUACUCAUGGUAUAUGUUCUCAUGUUCUCCAGUUUGUGUGGUCAGGUGAGUGGAUGUAGAAAAGGUGUCUGAAUGAGAAGAGCACCCUAAGCCAAAGCAAUGUUGAAUCUUAGCUCUUUACUUGUUAUUAAACCAACAUAUGGAAGGAACUUAGAAUUCUCCAGAAUUCCAUGCCAGCUCUAGAGAGAAUAAAAACCAAGUCUUCUGACCACCCAACCGACUCAUAGACUGACGAAAUCUAGGUUGUUAUUGUAAGUAUUAAGCAGACCUCCCCGGUCACCAUUGUCUGUGGUUGUUAGAUCAUUAUUUGAUUUAAAGAUGCAAUUUAACAUUACUAGUGCGUUCAUUAGCUAAACUGGGAAACUGCAGAGACCUUGCACGGGAAAGGACAAAUUUAGGCCAAAGUAGCUGAAUUGGAAGAAUUCUCCAAAUCAAACACUUUCUUAGCUAGCUUGGCUUU